AUGGAUGUACUUGCUUUAGAGGCAAAGACCGGUGGGGGUGGUUCAGAACCUGAGAAGAAGUCUGCACCAAGGCCAAAACCGAAACCUCCCAAAAAGGCCAAAAGGAUUGUUUACUUUGAGGUGGAGAUUGUGGAUUUAAAGACUAAGGAAAAGCUGCUACUGCUGGACAAGGUGGAGCCAACUGCCACAGUUUUGGAUAUUAAGGCUUUGUUUCACAAAUCAUAUCCAAAAUGGUAUCCAGCUAGACAAUCUCUGCGUUUGGAUCCAAAGGCUAAGUGUCUCAGGGAUGAAGAAAUUCUCCAGACACUUCCUGUUGGAACCACAGCCAGCUUUUACUUCAGUGACCUAGGACCCCAACUCACAUGGGGAACUGUGUUCCUGACAGAGUGUGCCGGCCCGCUGCUCAUCUACUUAAUGUUCUACUUCCGUCUCCCCUUCAUCUACGCGCCCAAAUAUGACUUCACCAGCAGCAAGCACUGGGUCGUACACUUGGCCUGUAUGUGUCACUCCUUCCACUACAUCAAAAGGAUUCUGGAGACGUUGUUUGUCCAUCGUAUCUCCCAUGGGACCAUGCCUCUCAGAAACAUAUUUAAGAAUUGUGGCUAUUACUGGUGCUCGGCAGCUUGGAUGGCAUACUACAUUAACCAUCCGCUCUACACUACACCCUAUUACGGGGAGCAGCAAGUGAAUAAAGGACUUUACAUUUUCUUGUUCUGUCAAGUGGGGAAUUUUUCCAUCCAUGUUGCACUUCGUAACCUCAAAGCAGCAGGUUCAAAAAUGAAGAAGAUUCCUUACCCAACCAAAAAUCCUUUCACAUGGAUUUUUUGGCUGGUUUCUUGUCCAAACUAUACAUAUGAGGUGGGCACCUGGAUUGGCUUCACUGUGAUGACCCAGUGUGUGCCUGUGGCUUUCUUCACUAUCGUUGCCUUCAUCCAGAUGGCUGUGUGGGCCAAAGGCAAACACCGCAGCUACUUGAAGGAGUUCAGAGAUUAUCCAACCCUGCGCUCCUCCAUACUCCCCUUCAUCCUUUAAGAGCCUGGGAGAGAAAAAACAGCUGCUACACACACAUCCAACCCCUUCACUGAUCAAGGCCCCUCCAUCCAUGGGGGGGU